UUUGAAUUCAAACUUUGUUCAUUACUAAAGCAAAUGCAGCGCACACCCAUUCUAAGUGCCUGCCGACGCAUUCCGCUGGGUCAACCACUGGCAUUACGGAAUUUUGCCAGCAGAGCGAACCUAGCCACAGCAGGAGCACCGAUCCUUUUGGCUCGACAUGUACAGCUGGGACAGCAGCAGCAGCUACACCAAAAAUUCACUCAGCAUCGUACAUACGCAUCAAGCAGUCCCACAAUGGGCAACCUCCUGAUUGUUGGCAGCGUAGUAGGCAUGUUUGGAUACAUUGUAUACGUUCUGUACGACAAUAUGUUUGCCGAACAUGGCGUCACGCGUGUCUAUAACGAGAGCCUUGACUUGGUCCGUGCCAACCCAGAGAUCACUGGGUUGCUCGGCACCAGCGCCAGCGCCAGCGCUCGAUUCGCUCAUCGUGAGUUUGUUGACCCGCAGGGCCGCAAGCGUAUGACGAUGAAGUACUAUGUCGAAGAUGCCCACCAUGUCACACCCUACCUGGGAGUGGUCAAGAAGCAGAACGGGACGGUGGGCGGCGAGCCAAUCGGUCGAGUCGAGGUCUUGCUUACUGAGGAGUUUGCAAAGGAGGUGCGCGAGUUCCAGAACAAGGCGCGGAACCGCAGGUUCUCCACCGACACCAAAGGCAGCAGCGACGGCUCAUGGUUUAGUGUCCUGCACCCAUCCAACUGGCGUCAGUGAGCAAUAAAAUUAGUGUCAAUUCGUAGGCGGUACAACUUGCUGGUGAUUAAUAUAAGGGGAGUGUUCUUCCA